CACCACAUCCUGGUUUUGACUUCACAAGACGCCAACACAUCUACAGUUUAACGGUUUUCCUGUCGAUUUUCAGUUCACACACUUAUGAACUCGCGUGCUCUCAUAGGAUAUAUAUUUCUCACCACGCCAGCUAAAGUGAACGCGCCCACACUGCACAAUAAAUAAUUAUAUACCAUAAUGGUAGGCUACUGUCCAAUCUGUGGGAAGCCCGUUUACUUUGGUGAAAAGAAGAGGUCUUUAGGGAGGGACUACCACCCUCUGUGUCUGAAGUGUGAUCAAUGCAACAGACAGCUCACAGCUGGACAACAUGCUGAGCAUGAUGAGAAGCCAUACUGUUCACACUGCUACCUGAAGAAGUUUGCUCCAAGAGGUAACAGGUGACUGGUGUCGUCCUGACACAGUGCAGACACCAGACAGAGCCAAAAUGGACAUAUGCUGACAUAUAAAAGACACGUAGGGUCUGUUCAUGUGAAAAUGAAUAAAUAAAUAUGAAUAACAGCCCCUACACAAAAUAAAUAUUUAUAAAUGUGUGAUGACCACUUGAUGCCAUGUGUACGUGAUUGUUCACCUUUAUAAUGUAAAUGAAUUUUACAUGUAGAAAAUUAAUAAAAAUAUUUUUAAAUAU